AAGGAGCACUUCGAAGCGUUGUCCAAAAGAUGGAAGUCUGAAAUGGACACUCUGUUGAUCUAUGCGGCCCUCUUUUCCGCUAUUCUGACUGCUUUCAACGUGGGGUUGUACAAGCUGCUUCGACCCGACCCGAUGGACGACGCAGUUGCGACACUCAAGCAGCUUUCUCAACAACUCAACAGC